AUGUCCUUUUGUUCGUUUGGCUGUCCACUAUGGAUUCUUGUUUUCCUUCAUAUUUUUUCUUUUCUUUCUCUUUUUCUCUUUGCUUUUUUUGCCUGUAUUUCUUUUCAUCAACUCGUCUUUCACUUGUUUUUCUACCUUCCUCCUUUUUCUUGCCUGUUUCAUUUCUUCUCUUUUUUUUUCUUAUCUUUCUCUCCUCUUCUCUUUCUUCUCUCUUCUCUUUCUUCUCUCUCCUCUUUCUUCUCUCUCCUCUUUUUCUUCCUCUCUCCCUCUUCUCUCUCUCUUCUUCUCCUCUUUCUUUCUUCUCUUUCUUUCUUCUCUCUCUUUUCUUUCUCCUCUUUCUUCUCUCUUUUUUCUUCUCUCUCCUCUUUCUUCUUCCUCUUUCUUCUCUCUCCUCUUUCUUCUCUCUCCUCUUUCUUCUCUCUCCUCUUUCUUCUCUUUUCAUUCUCAUUUCUCUUUUCUUUAUCUUGUUCAUCUUUUUUCUCUUUCACCUCUUUUCCUUCUCUUUCACCUCUUUUCCUUCUCUUUCACCUCUUUUCCUUCUCUUUCACCUCUUUUCCUUCUCUUUCACCUCUCUUUCUUCUCUGUUUCUUUCUUCUCUGUUUCUUUCUUUCUCUGUUUCUUUCUUUCUCUGUUUCUUUCUUUCUCUGUUUCUUUCUUUCUUUUUGUUCUCAUUGCUUUUUGAACAAUGCUCCAACACCCCUUUCCUCAUUUUUUUUCUGUAGAUUUUUCCUUCUGUCUCCGUAUUUCGUCAAACCUACCCCUUCAUGCAUUUUGACUUAUUUGUUUUUCCUUCUCAUCCUCAUUCAUGUUCCCUUUCUCCCUCUCCUUCUGUCUCACUAUUCUCCUUCUUCUCUUUGCUGUACUUUUCUCAUCUCUUUUGAAAUACUCUUUUUACAUCCUUUCUUUUUUGUCUUCUUGGUUCACCUAUCUAUUUAUUCUUUCUCGCCUUUAUCCUCUUUCUUGUCCCCACCCUCUUCUCAAAACUAG